AUGGCAAUUGACGCAAUGGAAAUCGACAACCUGCCAAUGCGCACAGCGGACGCAGAGCGCAAACGUAAAUCCAAAAAGGACGCAUCCCCAUCCGCAUCACCAUCCAAAAAGCGAAAGCAAGCCCCGUCCUCAAAAACUCCACAAACCCAAGACUCAACCCCCGAGUCCCCCUUCACCCUCACAACAGCAACCCUCUACCUGCCCCUGUCGCCCAUCUCCAUCUCGCCGACGCACGCGCUGGCCUCGCUGCUGGCUGAGCAUCUCUCGCCACUCAAGCCGCCGGCUCAUCCCCGCGCUUCCUCGGAUCUGAAUCCGCAGCCGCUUACACUCGCCACAACAGCAGACGAGUACGGUGUCUUGUACGUCUAUCUGACUGCUACGUUCCUGAUGUUCCGGCCGAAGCGCGGACAGACCCUUGACGGAUGGGUGAAUGUGCAGUCGGAGGGAUUCCUCGGUGCUGUGGUAUUCAAUUUGUUCUCUGUCGGCGUUGAGCGCAAGCGUCUGCCCUCGAACUGGAAAUGGGUUCCGCCUGGUGAGGAGGCUGAGACGCCGGCUGAGACCGAUGACGACUCAGGCUCUGAUAAGGAUAUGGCGGAUUUCGACGCCGAGAAGGAAUGUUUCAAGCCUGCUUCGCUUUCCGAGGAGGAGAUCGCGAUUAACGCUGAGGAGGACGAUGAGUCUGCCCACACCGGUUACUUCCAGUCUGUUUCUGGACACCGUGUGAGUGGAUCUGUGCGAUUCCGUGUUGUUGACGUGGAUGUUAUUCCCGGCUCUGAGCGCGAUCGUGGGUUCCUCAGUAUUGAGGGAACUAUGCUUUCUGUCGAGGAGGAGGAGAGGCUCUCUGAGUCUGAGCGCCAGGGACAGUCUUUGCCUCCGUCUUUCUUCCCGGCGUCUCAGAAGGUCUCUGGGUCUGUCCCCGUGAUGAACGUCCCGGCGGCGUCGACGGUGCAGGAGCUCUCGACUGUGGAUGUGCAUCUUGAUGCCAGCCCCAAGAAGGAGAAGAAGGAGAAGAAGGAAAAGAAGGAAAAGAAAGAGAAGACCGAGAAGACCGAGAAGAAAGAAAAGAAGUCCAAGUCUUCCAAGUCGAAGAGCAAGGACGAAUAA